UUCCUGUCGUUCUGUCUACAGCAACUGUCUGAUCUCCCUGCACGAGUAAACAAAUGUUCCCGGCAGGCAAGUCCCAAAUAGUACUAGCGCCUGGCCCAAGCUGCAAGGCUGGUGAAUGUGCUUUUGACAUCAGCUUGGCCUGUGCGUGGGUGAUCCCCGACCGUUGAAUCCAUUUCCCAAUUCAGCUUUCAUUCAUCGACUGCAAGGUGCAACCGCGCCAGGCCUUAUCGAUUCGUCAAGAAGCUCUCAGUCCGCGACUUUCCAACAUCUUUGCAGCAGCCAAAUCAACCUUCCACAACUACCAUAUUUCAUACGACCACAGAACGAGCUUUUGUCAGUACGGAUUAGCGCCCGAUAUAAAUACCAUUGGCAAAACGUGUCGUCUGCCUGGCUUCGUCCCCCGCUCUCGUGGACAACAAACCAUCAGCCAUGGCGACCGACUCGCGCAAGAGACCUGCGGACGCAGAGGGAGCGCAACCGUCACAAUCUAAACGACCAAAGACCAACACAUCAAUACGAACAAUUCUUGCAGUCGAGGCGAUCGGAAAAUCGCCAAAUGCAUCGACAGCACCCACUCCCGACGGGCUGGCGAAGAAUGGACUGAGACGGAGCAUCGCGCUGGCGCUGGAGACGGUCGGCUUCGACGGAGCCACGCCCGAAGCAAUAGAGAGCUUUACUAUAAUGACGGAGACGUACCUCCAUUCGUUAACCGAAGAAGUCAAGGCCUUUGCAAACGCCUCGCGCCGCUCCUACCCGAUACCCAAGGACUUCGAAAACACAUUGAAGCGUUUCAACCUCACACCCACAGCUCUAUACUCCCACAGAAAACCUCCGAUAUCGAAGAAGAAGCGACAACCAGUGUGGGAAGAUCUCCCUCUAGACGCCGCCAUCCCCACCGACCUCCCCGUCCUCGCCCCCGAACUCGACGGCGCCGCAGACAAGGCAGCCAAGAACUACAUACCCAGCUCAUUCCCCUCCUUCCCCAGCGUCCACACCUACAAAUACACACCCGAAAGCGUCGAGGCCGCCACGGCGGUAGACGAUAGCAUCAUGACCGACACACAAGCCACCGCCACCAUCACCCAGACCCAAACGAUGGUCGAAUCCCAGGCAGCAGCAGCAGCAGCAGCAGCAGCCCAACAAUCACAACUACCAACCAAGAUCCCCCAACGACCACUGGCACCCGACGAGAUCCCCCGCGGCGAUCCUAAGAAGAUCCGCGAAGCCGCCGCCAAGGAAGCCAAGGCCGGAGAGCAAGCUUUACGCCGCCUCAUGCGCGCCAGCAAGAUCGCCAAGCAGAAGGACGUGUCGGCCACAGCGCAGCGGGAGCCGGCCAGAAGGGAGCGGUACGCGCUGUGGGAGGCGGCGAUGCGCGAGCUGGUGGAGGACGACACCAAGGCGAAAGGCAGGGAGGUGGCGCCCGCGGCUAUGCAUAGCCAGCAGGGGAGGGUCGAGAUUGCGGACCAUAGCAUGAUUGUUAAUGCGGAGAAGGGGUAUUAUAGGAAGGAGGUGGCGAGGCCGGGGGUGAGGAAGUUGGCGGGGGAGUUGGCGGGGAAGUGAGGCGUGAGAUUAUGAAGGUGAUGGCGCGAGGGCGAUGGUGAAGAUGGCUACAAGGGAAGAGGUCACGAUCAGGAGUGAUUUCUCUCGGGAGUUCGAGGAUGACGAGGCUACUAUGUGGGAGUGGUAGAGAUCGAGGCUGAUCAUGAUGAUGGCUAUGGUCUUGCGAGGACAAUGCGCAUGGAGGCUGGAAAGAUUGACAUGCGAAGAGAGGGGUGUGGUGACCGGUCAUGAUUAGUCUACGGCUAUGAAGAUGGCACCGAGCUGUUUUUGCUUGAUUCAAAAGGCAUGGGGAGUUAUAGGGACGGCGCAUCAUUGACAGCAUUAGCAUUUGUCGUCUUUCUCGAGUUUAUACAAGAUACCCAUACGGACAUAUAAAUAGACGGACAUUGGUCUAUACAGCGGAUGUUGCCUGGUUCCGGUGUUAUGCAAUGGCACAUGAUUGAUAAGUAGUCAGUAUUAG